AUGCUGAGCUUGAUAUUUCAAUUCCUAGCGCUGCUGGGACGUCUCUCCGGCAUUGCGGCUGGAGUGUGUUGUUUAGUACUUAUCGCCAUUGGUGUCUACCGGCUAUACUUCCACCCUUACGCCAAGUAUCCCGGCCCGACUUUGGCAAAGUUGACCAGCUGGUACUCUGUGUAUCACACGUACAUCGGUGAUCUUCAUGUCGAUAUUUGGCGUUGCCAUGAAGUGUAUGGAGAUGUCGUCCGCUACGGCCCUAACAGGCUCUUGAUCAACACCGAAGCUGGGUUGAAAGGUAUCUAUGGCCACGGUAAAAACGUCCGGAAAGCCAAGUCGUAUCACAGAAUCUCGCUCGUGAAGGGCGUCGAAGCAACCCAAAGUGUUGUUGAUAAGACGAAACACGGGAAACUUCGAAGAAUUCUCAACCAAGGCCUUUCGGACUCAUACAUAAGAAACAUUGACUCUGAGUUGACUGGUCUGGCUCGAUUGUUCACUUCAAGCUUGGGAUCAAGUAAAGAUCAGUUCGACCCCAACGCCGAUGCCCCUGGAGAUGGAUGGACGUGCGCUAAAAACAUGGCACAUUGGUGCGACUACUUCACAUUUGACGUGAUGUCACAACUAGUGUUCGGGAUGUCAUACCAUCUCAUGGAAGAUUCUGAGAAUCACUGGAUUGCGGAUGCCAUAUUGGGUCAAAUGCGUCGAGUUAGCUUCCUGAUGCAGCUGCCAGAGUUGGAGGACAUGAGACUUCACAAGCUCUUGUUCCCAAAUGCACGCAAGAAGGCCCUGCGGUUCUCCAUGAAGAGCAAAGAUAUCAUGGAGAAACGAAAGCAGUCUUCAGAAAAGUCCAAGAACGACCUUUUCUCAAAGCUACUGGCUGCAGAAGAUCCCGAAACAGGAGAAUCCCUAUCUCAGCUGCAGCUCUGGGCUGAAAGCAACCUCUUGAUCAUUGCUGGAUCCGAUACGUCAUCUACUGCGAUGGCCGCGCUUUUCUUCUAUCUCUCAAGGUAUCCGGAGGCUUAUGAGAAGGUCGUCAAAGAAGUGCGCGCUAUCUUCCGCUCUGCGGCGGAGGUUACUCAGGGGCCAAAACUAUCCUCGUGCACUUAUCUUCGGGCAUGCAUCACUGAAGCAGCCCGUCUCUCCCCUCCAGCAGCUGGUGCAAUGUGGAGAGAAGUGCAAGCCGGCGGCCUAAAUGUCGGCGACCUUCAUAUCCCAGCUGGAUACGACAUCGGAACUGGCAUUUAUUCCAUCAACCACAACUCUGAAUACUACCCAGAACCUUUCAGAUUCUGGCCGGAGAGAUGGAUACCAGCAGUCGCUGGGGAAGAAGCGGUGGCGAAAGCCAAAGCAGCGUACGGCACUUUUUCUGUCGGCCCCAGGAACUGCGUGGGCAAGGGCCUGGCCAUGAUUGAGAUUUCUCUCGCAAUGGCUGCAGUAAUCAGCGAGUUUGACUUUCGCCGGGACGAAACUGGACAGGGGAAUGUUGGAGAGGGUCGAGGUGACUUGAAGAACGAAUACCAGAUCUUUUGGGCGUUCACCAGCAUGAAGGACGGCCCCUACGUACAAUUUCGGCGGGCUGAAGCCACCGGACUCCAUUGA